UCUAAGGUGUGAUCGAUCGACGUCAUGGCGAAGGUGCAGGUAAGGGCGAGGUUCGUGACGGAGGUGGCGCCGCCGCAGCUCGUGUCGGUCGUGCGGCGGAGGAAGGUGCCGAGGAGCCUCGACACGAUCGUCGAGGACGACAGGGAGCUGCAGCAGCUGGCCUACGGCGACCACCAUCAUCAUCAUCAGGCUACUGCCUCCGCGGCGUCGAUGAAGAGGGCGUUGCCGGCCGGCGCGCGCACUGGCGGUGCCGGGUUCAUGAGGGAGCUCAGCAGCUGCUUCUCCGGCAACGGCGACCACGGCCAGGCGGCCGGUGGCUGCUGGGAGAGCACGCGCAGUAAAGGGCACGGCCGACGAGCCGUGUUUGCUCACCGGACGCAUGCAAAUUAAGCUAACGAACAGGGCUUGCUGCUGAACGUGUUUGUUAGCUCGAUCGAUCUCAAUGGAGUGCCUUUGGCCCGUUCCGAACACUAAUAUUAGUAGUAUGCAGCUAAGCAUGCGUAGCUAA